UCCCCCGGCGGCUCCGGCCCUGCCUCCCCGGGGAGGCGGCGGCGGCAUGGCCCGGGCCGGCGGGGCGGCGGGGCCGCGGCGGCGGGUGCUGGUGCUGAUGGUGCUGGUGGCCGCGGCGGGGCGGCGGGGCCGGGGCGCGGGGAGGCGAAGGGGAGGCGGCCCCCCCGGCCCCCUGCCGCCCCCCGGCCCCCCCGGCCGCCCGCUCCUGCUGCUGCUGCCGCUGCCGCUGCCGCCGCCGCCGCCGCCGCCGCCGCCGCCGCCGCCGCCCCGCGCCGCGCCCGCCGCCGCCCGCCCGGAGGCUCUGCCCCGGGGGGGGCUGCCCAUGAAGGAAGAGCCGCUGACCGCCGGGCUGCCCUCCGUCCGCUGGCUGCAGGGUACCGGCAUCCUGGACGCCAGCACGGCAGCGCAGAGCGGGGUGGGCCUGGCCCGAGCCCACUUUGAGAAGCAGCCCCCCUCCAACCUGCGGAAAUCCAACUUCUUCCACUUUGUCCUGGCCAUGUAUGACCGGCAGGGCCAGCCCGUGGAGAUCGAGCGCACCUCCUUCAUCGACUUUGUGGAGAAGGAGCGGGAGCAGAACGGCGAGAAAACCAACAACGGGAUCCACUACCGCCUCCAGCUGCUGUACAGCAACGGGCUCCGGACUGAGCAGGACCUCUACGUGCGCCUCAUUGACUCCAUGUCCAAGCAGGCCAUCAUCUACGAGGGGCAGGACAAGAACCCAGAGAUGUGCCGGGUCCUCCUCACCCAUGAGAUCAUGUGCAGCCGCUGCUGCGACAAGAAGAGCUGCGGGAACCGCAACGAGACCCCCUCCGACCCCGUCAUCAUCGACAGGUUUUUCCUCAAGUUUUUCCUCAAAUGCAACCAAAACUGCCUGAAGAAUGCGGGGAACCCCCGGGAUAUGCGGCGCUUCCAGGUGGUUGUGUCGACGACAGUGAACGUGGAUGGCCACGUCCUGGCCGUGUCAGACAACAUGUUUGUCCACAACAACUCCAAGCAUGGGCGGCGGGCACGGCGCCUCGACCCCUCCGAAGCAGCCACCCCCUGCAUCAAAGCCAUCAGCCCCAGCGAGGGCUGGACCACUGGAGGUGCCACCGUCAUCGUCAUCGGCGACAACUUCUUUGAUGGGUUGCAGGUCGUCUUUGGCACCAUGCUGGUGUGGAGUGAGCUCAUCACACCUCACGCCAUCCGGGUGCAGACCCCCCCGCGGCACAUCCCCGGCGUGGUGGAGGUCACGCUUUCCUACAAGUCCAAGCAGUUCUGCAAGGGCGCCCCAGGACGCUUCGUCUACACCGCACUGAAUGAGCCCACCAUCGACUACGGGUUUCAGCGGCUGCAGAAGGUCAUACCCCGCCACCCCGGGGACCCUGAGCGCCUGCCCAAGGAGGUCUUGCUGAAGCGGGCGGCUGACCUGGUGGAAGCUCUCUAUGGGAUGCCACACAGCAACCAGGACAUCAUCCUGAAGCGAGCGGCAGACAUCGCUGAGGCGCUCUACAGCGUUCCCCGCAACCCCGGCCAGCUGUCCUCGCUGGCUGGCACCCAUGGCCCUGCCGGCAUGAUGGGGGUGAACUCCUUCAGCAGCCAGCUGGCUGUCAACCUCGGUGACUCACCACAGGGCACCGAGCAAGGCUACUCCCGAAACACGGGCAGUGUCUCGCCACGGGGCUACGUGCCCAGCUCCACACCACAGCAGAGCAGCUACAGCGGUGGCACCGGCAUCAACGGCUACGGUGGCAGCACCAUGGCUGGCCUGGGGGUGCCCGGCUCCCCCAGCUUCCUCAAUGGCUCCACCGCCAACUCCCCCUACGCCAUCAUGCCCGCCAGCCCCCCGCUGGGCGCCUCCUCCAUCACCCUCCCGUCAGGCACCAACGCCUCCACCCCCACCGGGGUCUUCUCCUUCUCCCCCGUCAACAUGAUCUCAGCGGUGAAACAGAAAAGCGCCUUCGCCCCCGUGGUGCGGCCGCAGACCUCCCCGCCACCUGCCUGCGCCAGCACCAGCAGCAGCAGCCUGCAAGACCCCGCUUUCGAGGACUCGGACAAGUUCCACACGCCCGCGCGGCCGCUCCAGGGACUGGCCUAUUCCUAAGCACACCGUGCCCGGCCGCCUCGUGCCACCCACAUGAGCUGGGACAGCGCUGGAGCCGCGACACGGAGCAGGACUGAGAGUGGCCAUGCAGCGUGGCAGUGCCGGCUCCUCCGACCCACUCCUGGGCACUUCCAUGGGGAUUGGGGCGCGCGGGGCUGUGGGACCCACCACCCCACUGCCCUGUGGCCACCCCAGCCUGGCCCCACGGAACUCAGCCCACUCGCAAGGGGGUGAGCCUGGCCAGGACCAGCACCUGCAUGGCUUGGCACGGCUCGGCUCGGCAGGCAGCCCCCCGAGGGGCCUUGGGGGAGCCCCGGGAAUAACCCAAACGCUCUGGGUUUAGCCUCAGAAAGACACCGAGUGACCUGUGGGAGUGUGGGGCAGUGGCAGCCAUGGGCAGGAUGCUCCGAGGUGGGAGGGAUGGAUGCUCUGGGGCAGAAGAGGUGCUCUGGGGCGGGAUAGAUGCAUGGAAGUGGGAUGGAUGCUCCGAGGCAGGAUGAGUGCUUGGAGGUGAGAUGGAUACUCCAAGGCAGGGUGGGUGCUCAGAGGUGGGAUGGAUGCUCCAGGACAGGAUGGAUACUCCAGGGUGGUAUGGAUGCUGUGGGGUGGUAUGGAUGCUCUGGGGCAGGAUGAAUGCUUCAGGACAACAUGGAUGUUCGGGGGUGGGAGGGAUGUUCCAGGGCAGGAUGGAUGCUUGGGGGUGGAAUGGAUGCUCCGGUGGGACCCAGCUUCCCCCCCCACGCUUCCCGGCUCUCUUACCACCAUGGCCAGCGCUCUCUCCCCAGAUGUGCAGCUCCACAUCUGGAGCCGCCCACUCGCAGUUCCCAGGUGACCGAGGCCGGAUCUCUGCGUGUGCCCCGCACCCCCGUGCAGGAUCGGGGCCUCGGUGCCGCCCGGGCAGGGGUCUGGGCUGCCCUGGCCCCCGAGCUGAACCCCAGCAUGGGGACAGCAUGGUUCCCGACCCCAUCAGCCGCCGGGGCUGGCUGCCCCAGGACACAACUGCAGCUCUUUUCUCAUUAUUAUCACUAUUAUUAUUAAUAAUAAUUAUUAUUAUUCUUUUUAGCAGCAGGCGAGCCAGUGGGCAGGGGCUCUGGCAGGGUGGGCAGGAGACCCCCAGCCCUGGCACUGCCAGCUCCUGCCAGGGUUUUCCCUGUCCUCCCAGCUGGGAGGGAGCAGCCGGGACUUUUGUAAAUAAAGAAAAAGGGAAAAAAAAAACAACCAACCCCACUCCCCCGCGCCUGCAUGCCACCCGUGCAGGUGGCCCAUGUGUCCCCCCUUGUGUUGUGCCACUGCAGUGAUGGUGAUGCUGCUGUGCCCUGCUCAGUGUCAGCACGUGUGUCCCCACCAGUGCCCACUCCCUCGGUGCUGGGUCCUCGCCUGGUGGCCCUGGCCCCUGCCCGGGGUGACUGCAGGGGUCUUGGGGCAGCCCCCCGCCUGCCCUUGGGGACAGGGUGCCCUUGCCGGAGUCCCAGUCCCCCCGUGGCAGUGGCACAGGACAGAGGUGCCAGGGUCCCUCGGAGCAGGGGUGCUUUCUGACAUGGAAAUAAAAGGCCUUGCAGAAGG